UUGGCUAGAAGAGACCGCCGAUACCGUGCCACGAAGGAGCACGAUGCCCACGCGUUCCCGAAGGAACUUAUGGAAACUCCCGAGAAAGAGUGUAUCCAAACGCAGGCGUCGGCAGCGGUCAAGCCAGACCAACAACCCGCCGGAGCUAAGGACCUGGCGGAAGCUAUCAUACGGGCGAUUCAAUCCGUACCGAAGGGAGGGACUCCAGUGCCAGCUUACCUGACCGAGUUACCUUUCUUCACCGGGCCAUCGAUGAAUAGCUUGCCUUCAGGACAGUUUCCUAUGGUCACGAUGCCUUUCAAAAGAGCAUUAUGGUCAGAAGAUGAUCUCAUCCCAGCUGUUAGAGCAGUACAAAGAGGAAGUCUGAACUGGUUUAAGGCGUUCUUGAAAAGAAACCCUGAAAUAUUAGUGAGAAAAGCUCAAUUUAUGAACCCGUAUCGAGCCCAAAAACUUAAUAGAUUUAUAGUCGAUAAUCAUUUCGCAAAACUGAGGACUAUCUAUGAGAACCUUGACUUACAUGGUCAUCCCGAAAGAAUUUAUAAUAUGGAUGAGAAGGGAUGCCGUCUAACAAUUCACCACCAGCAAAGCGUUUUGGCCAAAAAAGGUGCAAAAAGUGUUACAAUUGCAGGAUGUGUGAAUGCACUCGGUACUAUCAUACCGCCAAUGGUCAUAUUUAAGGGCAAACGGUUAAAGCCAGAACUAUACGAUAACUUGCCACCAGGAUCAUUGGUAGAAAAAUCAUCAAAGGGAGGAAACUGCGGAGACACCGUCUACGGAACCACUAAAAAUGUUCCAAGCAAACCGGACCAAGAAACUCUUAUGAAGAAAAUUGGUCUACUGCAACAGAGAAUAAAUGUUCUUACUGAAGCAAGGGACAUUAGUAUAGCCAAAGAUGAUGUUCACGAUGAAAUAAAAAAGCUACGCAAAGAGUUGAAAGAAGAAGAGAAAUGUUUAAAGAAAAAAAGAGACUGCUAA